AGGCCAGAGGGCAUUACUUCCAGAUGGUCUGUCUUGAAUCAACACUACCUGCUCUUGAAAUCAGUGCUACAGCUAUCAUUUUACUUAAACCGCACAUCAAAGAAUGCCAGGAGAAUGUUCCAUGCCAGCCUUCUCUAUCUUCUGGUGUUUAUGUUUGGGCUUCUGUGUCAUCGCGAAUGUGA